AUGCUUGGUUGCUGCCACUGCCUUUGCUCCAAGGAGUACAGUGCCUAUACUCGUGUAGAAUCUUGCUAUCCAAACGACGGUCGUGCUGACCCAGUUUACGCACGUGUUAGAGAGCUUAUAAACUGGGGCACACAUGAUGUCGAUCGUUUUUCAACGAUCCAUGAGAUUCUUGCUGACAGAAUCCAGCAGGAUAUCAACGGAUCGAACGAUGCUGGCGUACAAGUAGGCCUCAAAAUCUGCGCAAACAUCCUCCAAAAUGUUAGAGAAAUUAAUCACAAUCUUUCAACUACAAUGGCACGAAGCAUCACGCAGCUUAUUGCCACAAAGCGUCCACCAUUACUUCAAAUCGCAAAAAGUUCAACACAUGACUUAAUCCAAUACACCCAACGCCAUAUGCUUGCAGCUCCAGUCACUCAAAUUAUCAAUGCUUUCUUAGAGCUUGUUACCGAUGAGAGUCUCAAGGAGACCGUAUUCUCAUCUGUUGCAGAUAUUAUUUCGAUCGCAUCAAUUGAGUGGAUUCCAUUACCAAACAUUCUCAAAGUUGUCAAGACAUACUUCUCCGAUGCUUCGACAAGAGAAAUUGUUAAAUCAAUUGCCCACGUUGUUGUUCCUUUAAUUCUUGUGCGAUUGACCACAUCAUUAUUCCAAUUCUUUACUCAAAACAACCUUUGGGAUGAUGAGGACUUCUUAUCUUCCAUCAUGAUUAUUCUGUUCAACGAAAUGCCAGAUAAUUGUGGUCCUGGCUUCUUCAAAUGCUGGCUUGAACAGCUUCCUCCUCGUACCCCAGAAGCUGGACAUUGCAAGACACUCAUUUCUGUUACCGUUAGACUUGUAGAACAUAUCUCUCCAGAAAAAUUAAUUUCUCAAGCUCAAACAGACUCUCUCGGUGUUCUUUACCUCUUCGUACUCAAUUUACCGCAAUUAAUGUACAACGAUAAGGCUUCAAUCCUUGACAAUGCUUUAAUUAUUGAAAGAUUCAUUGUUUCUCACAUUCCACAGACAGAACUCCUCAAAAUAGCUCAUCAUCAGAUCUGGAUGUAUCUUCCAGAAGCAAUUAAUCAUCAACUCGACUACGAACAUGAAAAAGUUGGAUUAAUCUUCAGAUUUGCCUCAGCUUUCAACGAAUCCGCCAAAUUGAACCUUACUAAGUCAACGGUACAAGAAUCCCUCCUCAAAAUCCAGAAAUUCCUUAUUUCUUUCCAUCAUGAUGAAGCGACAUAUAAAAUUGUCUUAGAUCACAUUCACGAUUUGUACAUUGCAUACCCUCCAUCGCGUAUUGACCUUGUCGUGUACUUCCUGCUCGAUCUACAGCAAGAAGUCAUUGAAAAAGGAAACGAUCUUUCAAUGCACACAUUCAUCAUGUCCGCGAUGUCCUCAGCAGUUCACGAUGGACCAGCCGGACUUGCUGAAUACGUACAAUCGAUUUGCAACGCCAGAAUCCAAAGCAAACCACCGCAAGUCGAUCUUUCUCUUUCUUUCAUCGUCAACCAGUUCCCUGCUUUAGAAGGAAGUAAACCAGGCACUGACGUAAAAGUUGUUGACUAUUUCAUGAAAGAUAAAGUCCGCGCGAACGUUUCCCAGAGGAGACAAUCAAGUGCAGCAGCUGUUGUCAUUGCACACGCAACAUUUGAACAGAUGAAUUCAAGGUUACAUGAUGAAGAAGAUGAAGAAGAGAUUGAUGAAGUUUUCAAUCAGCCAAUUCCUCAUUUGGUAUUUGCUGAAGACGGAGAAGCUUCUGAACAAUCAUUGGUUGAACCUGUUCCACAAACAUUCGAUGAAGCAAUGCAGAAACAGAAAGGAAAGAUGAAAGAACACGAUGAUUUCAUGAAAUCAAUCAAAGACAUGAAAUUCGAAUGGAAGUCUUAUGUUCCUCUUCCUGAUGGACAUCCACAAGCCAACCAACAGAAGGAACAACAGAAGAAGAAAGAUGAAAGACAAGUGAACUUCAAAGUAGAAGAAAAACCAAGUAUUUUGGCUCCUCCAGAACAAAAAGUUGAUGAGAAACCAAAGGAAGAAAAGAAAGAAGAGAAAAAGGAUGACCAUGAUGAAUCUGAGUCUGGAUAUGAAAGUGAAUACUUGUACAGUGGUUCUUAUUAA